AUGUCUCGACCUUCCCAGGCGCAGCGGCCUCUGUCGCUUACCGAGGAACUCGAGAAGUUGGAACAGUCUAUCACCCUGACGCUCCAAGAGAUCGACCACAAUUUCAGCCAAGCCCAUCGGAUUGUUACUACAAGCAUCUUGCCUCUAGUAGAGCAAUAUACGGAACAUUCCCGAGAUGUCUGGGAGGGUUCUAAGUUCUGGAAGCAAUUCUUCGAAGCUAGUGCCAAUGUAUCUCUGUCCGGCUACGAGGAACGUAACAAUGAUGAAGACACUGUGCAGGAGCCUACAGCCACGGAGGAAGAGCUAUCCGCCGACAUAACCCAAAGUACCAACGACGAUGAGACGACAUCACAAGAAACGCCCUCAUCCCAGCGCCAUGGCACUCCCCGUCACGAUCAUGGAGCCGAUUUAGAUCUAACAGAUCUUGCAAUCUCCUCUCACAGCACUCCUCGAGCCCAAACCCAACAUCACCCGGCCGAUGACGAUAUCACGACUUCCUCGAUGGAUUACUCUUCAUCCUACGAGAACUUGAGGAAACAAGUGAACGAUUCAGAAGCUCCAUUCGAUCUCCCAGACUCGUCAACACUCCCAUCUACCCCAGGCCGACAACCAUUUUUCCCGCGCGGCGUAUCUGUUAACGACCCGAUGUCCUCGCCGUUCAUUCCGCCCGCGUCUUCCGUUCGCCAGCCAACCACGCAAGAUCGUCGAUACCAAAAGACGUCCGACCCGGUCCUCCACCAAAUGCUCGACAAGACUUACCGAGUGCAAGCCACACCUCUUGGGAAGGGAUUUCGCAACAUCGGAGGAGGCGCAGAUUCUCGAUCCAAGUUCAACAUCACCCCAAAGCCAGCCGAGUCAACCUCCCGAUAUGGAUAUGACGACUCUCCAAUCUCCAGUCCGGAGCCCGAGGCGCCGCAGCUUCACUCUGAGAUUUUCUCAUCUCCUAUCAAAGGCUUCGAUACCCCGGGUACGAACCGCAAGAGACGGACAAGCAGCAAUCGCAUGCGCGAGACUCCUAAGCCCGGCAUGAGCGUAUUGACUCCUGCCAAGAAGUCCGUAGGCAAGUCAGCAAUGUGGGAUAGCGAUGAUGACCUGGAUUAUGACGACGAUGAUCUUGGUCCCAGUCCACCAAAGACGAUGCAAUUUCACAUUCCUCAGAGUCGACUGAUGAGAACUCCUGCCAAAGAGGCUUCCAAGCGUAUUGUGACUGAUCUGCUAGCUACCGCAGGGGCUGGUGACAUUACCGAUGACUUCGAUGACGACCGGAGCCCCAGCGUAAUUCGCCGUAUGGAACGAUUGGAAGAUGAGACUUUCUAA